UCCAAAACCCCAGACAUAUAAGUGACAUCUACUUCUUGGCAUAUUAGGGGAUUUCUAUUUUGAAACAUCUAAGUAUGCUCAUCUCCUAUCAGUUAACUUGCCUAGCGAUCGACCCUCACCAGAGCCCAUAAAAAGGCCCUGCUUGCUAGAAUGGGAUAAUCUGCCGUCUGCACAACAACUGAGACGAAGUAGUACAUCAUUUCGAGAGGGGCCCGACGACGAAGAAGAAGCAGAAGAAACGAACGUCUUUGGGGUUACCCACUAGUUUGGCUUGAAGUGGUCCUGCUCAGUUGGUGGACUAGGGGUAUUUGGUACAGAUAGCGCCAUAUCCAAGCUUGACAUUCCUAUCAAGCUUCUGAGUGAGUGCGUGACGGGGGAAGAUCGUAGCAUUGAAGUGUCGGCUUGAUCUAGCUAGAACCAGGUGUUCUGGGUAGCUAAUUCUCUGCCGAUUUUCUUCUUUGGUUUACAAGGUACCUCUACUUGCGUUGGGCACUGGUUGAACUUUAUAGCUUCUUUGGAAGACGUCGAGUUAGUCGUGCUUCAAGCCUUUCAUUGCAAAUGAGUCUGACCUUCAGAGCCGAUGACUGCAACGAACUGCCCAGUAUGGAGAAUUGGUUGAAUGCGGGGGCAGACUGGAACGAGCAUCAUGGAAUAGUGGAUGUAGAUGCCACGGCAACCGCGCCCUUGUUUUACCACACUGCUGAGGCUUCGACUACCAGCGGCGAGGAUUCUUUGUUCGACGCUCUGAAGAAGGGACAGGAGGCGAUCUCGACGCAUCCGACUUUCCUGAAACUGGACACGCUGGAGUUGUGCAAGCAGAAUCCGGAUGCGGUGCUGGUAAGGACUGGGAGCUCCAGCAUGGUAGACUCGUCGUCAAACGAGGUAGAUGUCUCCGAUCAUGCGAAUUCGCUCCCCUCCACAGGGAUGUUGGUGUCGAACCUGUUGGAUCGGACCGGUAGCUUAGACGAGUCGGGUUUGUACAUGGAAGCAGACAGUCCUCGGGGUCCACUAUCGCCAGCCGCGUUGCAACUCGGGAAGUCUCCUAAGGGGGUGGCCAUCAAACGCUCCUUUGAGGACGCAUCUGAAGCAUCGUGGAUGCCAGCUGCUGAGGCCACACAUAUUCGGGCAAGAAAAUCUGCCAAGCAGCAGCUGCCCAAAAAUGUGGCGCUCAGCCAGGAAGAUCUUCAGGCUUCUGCCGCGGCGGUUCCCUACCCGCCGUUCGUCGCCAUGGCGAGCUCCGGUGAGAUGGCUCCUCUCGCAAUUCGGAGUGGUGUCGCACCGGCCUUCGUGCCCGCAAGUGCCGCCAAUGUCCCCCCCCUUCUGUUCCCCACGCCGCUGACGCUACCCAAUGUUCCCAGCAUGGAAGAAAUCGCUCAGUCGCGACCGAAGCGGCGCAACGUGCGAAUCUCCAAGGACCCCCAGAGCGUAGCGGCCAGGCACCGGCGCGAGCGUAUAAGUGACCGUGUCCGCGUUCUGCAACACUUCGUUCCCGGGGGCACCAAGAUGGAUACCGCCUCCAUGCUUGACGAAGCCAUCCAUUAUGUCAAAUUCCUGCAGCAACAACUUCAGACGUUGGAGCAGAUUGGAAACAUGAGCGAUCCGAGGUUCAUGGCGCAGCCGGGUGGUCCGAUGAUGAUGCCGCAAAUGGGAGCCAUGAAUGCUGUGAGCCCGCUCGACUUAAACUGCGCAGUGUACCAAUCGUAUCCUGGCACUUCCGUUGUGCAUCCCGCUUCACAGCCACCUUCACAAUGGCCAAACACGAGGCCGACUAGCCCCUUCUGCAGCCAGGGCUUCCAGGACUCUGCUCAGGAGCAGUUUUGCCAUUAAGAGCUCACUCACCGCAUUCUUUCGUCUCGUUAGAUUAGGCUUCUAGAUGUUACGACGAAAUGCCCCACACAUUCGCUUGCUUGCAGUCGGCGAAUGCAGCAACUCGGAUAUGGAAUCACCGACCAAUGGAUACUUUCAAAUCAAUUGGAGGCUGUUUUGAGGGAGAAGUGUGGCGUGGUCCGCUUGUGCUCAGAGGCGACCAUCCACGUCUGACUGCUGAGAUCGUACGCUCUGCCAUUUAGAAUGGUUACAAGUGCGCCAUCGAUGGCUUGAUUGAUUUAUUCUUCUCGAACUUGAGCACUUGAGAAGUAUCACUUGUCACCUGCCUGAGCGGAGAUGUUCGAUCAAGUCACGGAGAGUAGCGACGCUGCGGUAAUGAAUACCUGCCUCUCCGGAGCUUGGGCCUCAGCAGCAAUUUUGUGAGUUGUCUGAAAAUUUUGCUUAUAAUUCUUCUUCUUGUACAGUCGAUCGAUAGGUAGAAAAUCAUCUAAGCCUGAUGGGAAAUACCUCUUGUUACAAUCAGACUAGAGGUAGUCCAUUUUUAGUUCGCCUCGUUCCGCCGUCUCUCUUGCAGUGUGUGCAGCAUGCGUGUGCCGCGUGAAAUCCUAGUGAGGAUCGCCGAGAUGUCCUAGUUUCUAGUUCAUAUUUGUUGAUUGUUAGGUUUGCUUCUGCCGAUUGUAGUUUCGGGAGCUGUGAUGCACAGUGGUCCAAUCGUGUCAGCUAAUCCUUUGUACGUAAAUGUACAUUUUCUGUUCACUUACGAGGAUGUGGUGGAUUGACCAGCCCCAUCGUUCCCGCAUUGUAAAGAUACUACGAUUUGUGCUCA